AUGCCUAGAGGUGGUAAAAUGAGAUGUCGUCGGUGUAACUAUGACAACGAUUUCUUAUUACGUCUUGGCGCAGAUAGCACUGAACAUCAUUAUGAUCGAGCAAAGGAUGACGGGAAAGUUAUACCAAGCAAACUCUCACCAUUGAUGGAAUCGGUGAAUUCUACCCCAUGGAUAAACUCAUCCAUGUAUGGGGUUGGUAUGAAUCGCUCAACAGAGGCAUUCGAGAUGGAUCCAACACUUCGAAUUGUUCAGAUUACAGGGUUGAUUCUAAUUUCUACAUGCUCAGGAGUUUCCAACUUGCUGAAUCUGACUAUGAUAUUGACUUCAAAGAGACGAAAAACUCCGAUCUACGUGAUGCAAAUUAAUAUAGUGGCUGUUGAUAUCCUGGUAACUUUCUUAUUGAUUCCAUCUAGCCUGCAUUACAUAGUUAAUAACAAUUCAUCCAUUACACAGGCAUACUGCACAAUGAUCGGUACUGUACGCAUAAUAUGCGUUGUUUCGUCUCUGUAUUCUGAGGCUAUGGUAUCUAUUAUGCGACAGUUGGCCGUGGUUCGUCCAUAUUGUUUUCGUAACAGAAUACAUAUGCGUCAGACAAUGAAGAUAUUACUCAUCGUAUGGGUGAUUGCUAUCUUGUUCGGAAUAAUUCCGAUAAUUUUACCAGAUUACGUGUACAACUAUGAGUCAAUUCAAGCCAUGUGUAAUUUGGAAUUUCAAAGAAACACAAUCGGAAUAACUAUCUUCACUACAAUGAUUAUAUUCGGCAUGUUCAUCCCCAUAGCAACCUCUUUAGUGUGUUAUAUGUGGUUGCUAUGCUCUCUGAAACAACAACAAACUCAGUUCAUGGUUGUCAGGGACGAUGGUCGGAACAACUCUCAUCACCGAAAAAUGAUGGUUCAUUUAAAAGUCAAAAAUAUCAUUUUUGUCAUUUUGAUAAAACUAGUUUUUCAGAAUUGUCCGUUCUUGUGUCUCACUGUGAUGUUUCAUCUGCCCUCUACCCGGAGAGUUGUUGCCAUUUCCGGUGUCUGUGCUCUGUGGUUGCUGUAUUUCAACACACUCGUCAACCCGACGGUCUACGGCUUUCUGAAUAAACAGCUGCGACAGGAUUUUGAGAGAUACUUAUACGAAAAUCACCCAAAAGUGUCACAAGCCAUCUUGUAUCUCUUAAAAUGUUGUUGUCCCCAAAUCGAUGCCAUCGAGGACAAUAUGGAGGAUAUACCCGUGGAGUUUUGCCAGGUAAAGGCCCCCAAACAGGAUGUGACGUCAAUCUCACGUGGAGUUCCGAUUUCUUUCCCUGAUACACCCAAAAGGAGGCUGCACGUCAAGUCAUCUAGUCGUUCUAGUUUAUAUAUUGCAAAUACUAAUAGCGUAACAUCUCCCACGACGUCACCAAUAUACAGAAACUGGUCAACAAGCACAUCUAAGUCGUUGAGAACAUUGCGUCGGCAAGAGCGCAUCCGGGAUGGGGAUCUCUCGCCGAAAGUUGUUCGCGAGAACGGGCUGCGUCGAAGCCGAACAGCCAGAAAUCGUCAUGGCUCUGACAUGGGCAUGUACAGUUCCGACUCAUUGAUGAGUAAUAACUCUCUUGGGUCAUCAAUCAUAAGUCGGGCAAGUAGGUUCAGUCGCAGUACCAGAUCUCACCUCAAGGGUUCUUUCUCUAAAAAACAUUCAAAAGAUAAACGAGAGUUGCCUUUGCUGGAUUUGAUGUCCACUUACGAGGAUUCAAUAGAAGAAUCUUCAGGCAAGGAAUACUCCAACAACGGGUUUAGAGAAGAACAACUUGACGGAAGUAAGGUAGUUAGUCAAAAACACGGAAAAAAUACUUCCAGCUGCAAAAGCCCGACGUCAUCACGCAUGAAAUCCAAACAACGAUCAUCGAGUCUUCAUCGACACCUUGAAAGAGAAGUGUCCCUGUCAAUGUUACAACAGCUUUAUGGUAGUUUCAUCGACAUCCGGGGUAUUGAUAUGGAGAGUGACGUAGAAAGCGUUGAUCGGGACUCGGCCAAUCAAACGCCUCAACAUGUCAAAAUUCAUAAAAUGAAUAGAGCAGCAAGCAGACGGUCUAUGAUGAGCGAACCGGAAACGGAGGGGGUACUGGAAGCCGAGCUGGCAAAACUACAACGACAAUAUCGUAUAAUGGAAGGAGAUAGAAAGGCAUAUAAUGAGGAAUCUCAGAAUAUUAUUAGAAAACAAAAAGCUCAGAUUGAAAGUCUGCGAAAAGAAAAGGCGGAGAUCAAGAUGGAACUGCAGCUGGCACGAAGUGUGGAUAAUGUCAAGAAAGACUGUGGCAAUUCUAGUAAGCUUAGAGCGCUGAUCAAACAAGAAGACGAGUUCGAACGUCAUAUAGAAGAAGAGAACGAACAAAUUACAUUGUUAGACGCCCAGUUGAAAGAGUGGCAAGAGAAAUACAACGAUCAAAACAAGACGAUAGGUGGAAUGGACAACAGUCGACAAAAGCACGUGGCUACACAAAAGCAAAUCAGAGUACUUGAGAACAGGUUGAACCAGGCGACUGUUACCUUCAAUAAACACCUGACGACUAACGCCGAGUUACGGGCGACAAUCGACCAUUUGCGACAGGAACGGGCAGUGUUCAACACCCUUCACAAGAAGCUGUCGAAGGAGUUGAACGAUGGCAGACAAGAGAUGUGCAAGGUUACGGAGUCUGCUACUCACGCCUACGAUUCACGUGACGAGGCCCAAACCAAAAUGUCAGCACUGAAAGAACGAAGCGACAAAGACAAAUCACAACAUAAAGCAGAGUUGAAAGAAUUACUACGAAUAUUAGACCAUGAUCAGAAACUGAAAGAGUUUAUGGCAGUGAAAGAUCAGGAACGUGCCGAGUUGAAGGCAGAGGAGGCAGCUAAACGAAAGAGAAAAGGCAAUGGUAAUAGAGGCAAGGAUAACAGCCAUGAGGAGAUGUUAUUCUCGUAUGAGCAAGCUUUCAGCAAAAUUAAAUCAAUAACUGGAGAAGAAGACAUUGGUAAAAUCCUUGAAAAGUUUAUGAAAACUGAAGACAGAAAUUUUGCGUUAUUCAAUUACGUAAAUGAAAUGAAUAAUGAAAUAGAAUGCCACCAGGAAGAGAUUGAUAGGGUUGCCAUGGAGAUUCAAAAGUUCCGCUCUCAGGGUGUGUAUAUUGAGAAGCAGCGCCAAGCCAUAUUGAAAGAAUUAGAGGUCAAACUGUCCGUUGCAACAAAGGAUGCUGAUGAGAGCGAAAAAUGUUUAAAAUCAACCAAGAAAAUACUGGAUCAACUGAAAGUUGGAGUAGAAUCAUUGUUUAAUAAAAUCAAUUGUGAUAAAACUGCAAUUACUGAUUUACUUGGAGCCAAUGAUGGGAUUACCGACCAAAAUAUGAUACAAUAUUUGGGAAUUGUAGAACAAAAAACUAAUGAAUUAUUGUUUCUCAAACAGUAUAUGCAAAUGAAGGAGGCAGCAAUUAUGAAGCCUGAAAUGGCUACUCUACUGGCACCACCACCACCACCACCUAAGACACGUAGUGUUUCUGGUCCAUAUUGUAAACUACCAACAGCAUCAAUCACAAUUCAAGCACCUUCUACUGGAGUGGAAGAUGACAACUCAGAUACUGAGGAAUUUGAUGAUACCCGACCUUUAACCUUGGAAGAAAUCAAGAAACGUCUCACGGAUGCAUCUAGCCGCAAAGCAAGUAAAAAUAAAUGUAUUGCAAAGGCACAAAGUCCCGCUGGCAAGAGCAGACCUGCCACAAAGAAUUCCUAAAUACUGUAUUCAUAUCGACCAUCAGACUGUGCCUCGGGUAAUUAAAAACAGUAAAUAAAAUAUGAUACAAUACUGAUAUGAAAGUGCAAUGCUUUUAAACUCUUGACCCCCCCCCUCCCCCCCCCAACAC